AGGAACGACAACGGUUCAACCGAUAUUCAUGAAGGGGUUGUAGAGCUAUGUAGGUAUAGACAAGAAAUGGCGACACAACAAUUUGUAUCUUAGUAUUACUAGUUUGACAAAGAUGAGGAUGACGAUAAGUAAGUUGCUUCUACUACGAAAACCUCACGACUACAACACUAUUCGAGGCUGUUAAACUACGAGUUUCAUCUCAUUUUCCAUUUCCAAGAAAAGGUACUUAGUUUCAUCCUUCCAAAGGAAAAAUGGCCCUCGCCUUGCGACAAGACAGCGACGAUCCGCUCCUGGGCUAUCAAAUGCAAAAAUGUCUGGGUCUGGACAGUUGGAACUUGUGAUGCUAACCUUGGAUUCUAAAAAAAUCUGUAUUGCAUGACCAGCAAGAGGCGCCCAGUUUGUGCUACGCGGGGAGGACAUUUGUCAUGCGGGAUAGGCAUCAGGAACGCCUCUAGAAAUAUGUGAUGCUAGAUCAUGCAUUACAGACAUCCUGAGUCAUGCAAAAUAUGCAUGACAAACCUGGCAACUUUCCAGACCCAGGCAUUUUUACAUUUGAUAUGGGUGAGCCGGAAGCAAAAAAAGCCCGCUACGAGCUGACCCCAGCAUUGGAGCAAGCUCUCAUUCAGGUAAAAGCAGAAGCAUCCCAAUUCAAUUAUGAAAAAAAUGAAAGGCUGCGCUUUUGCUGAAUGCAUGAACGAGUUACAUAAUUUUUUCUGUACCUCUACCUCCUUUCCAUAUUAUUUCAAGUUCGAAAACUCUGCAGGUCCCCCAACAUGAGCGACUUACCGGUCUUGCAGGCCCAUCAAUGCGGCUCGUCGGCCACGGCGGUGCGGUGUACGGCUGCGAAUUUAGUCCGGACGGAAAGCGACUCGCCAGUUGCUCCUUCGACAACAAAAUAUUCCUGUGGAACGUGUACUAUCCCAAUCUUAUCUACUCGGAUAUUGACUCUGCGUGAAAACUUGUUCUGUAGAAGUUCUUGAGACUCUGGCUAUCGUUUUCAUUUGAAAUGCGCUAGUUGCACUAACCUCCAACUUGUAAAGAACCACCUAAACAUCAAUACCUAUACCAAACACUCCACAGCUACGGCGACGCAGAGAACUACGGGUGUCUUCAGGGUCAUAACAAUGCUGUCUUAGAGGUGCACUGGAGCGCGGACCAGCAACAGGUCUACUCCUGCUCCGCUGACAAGUCCUGCGCCGUUUGGGACGCGGAGACCGGACAGAGGAUCAAAAAGUUGAACGGGCAUACCGCAAUUGUGAACUCCAUGCAGGUAAGAGAAAUAUGAGAACGCUUCGCCGCUUAAUGCUUCCAGUUUCAGCGGUCAUGAAUUCUUUUUCUUUACGGCCGCCACCUGAUGUCAACAACUUCACCAGAUUCUAAUAGAAACCGAAGACCCGGAAGGCGAAGGCCCCACAUUUUCAUUUUCAUCAUUUUUAUUUAUUCAAUAAAUAAAAAUGCAAAUUUUCCACCUCCAAACAGCGUUCACGCCGCGGCGAUCCCAUGCUUGUGAGUGGUGGAGACGACGGGUCGACGAAGCUGUGGGAUUUGAGAAUACGGAAAUGCGUGCACAGUUUCGAUCACCAGUACCAGAUCCUGGGCGUCUGCUUCGAUGACACAGCAGAAAAAAUUUUCGCGGCCAGUCUGGACGACACCAUUAGGGUAUAGGCAUUUAUAUCAUCAGCAUCCAUGAAAGAAAAUCAAAAUAAAAGAACAAGGCGAUAGUAGUUAGAUGUCUCAGAAUCAAUUCAAAUUUUGGUCGUAUCGCUGCUCGUAUAUUUCCCUCUUGUAUAAAGCAACACUCAAGUGUGAAAGUGUGAGAACUAUCUCUGCGAAUCGAUCAAAAUAGGUCUUCGACGUCCGGUCUCGCGCCGAUGAGGAGCUCUACGUUUUGGAAGGCCACAGCGACAGCAUUACCGGCAUCGACCUGAGUCCAGAUGGGGAGAAGCUCAUUUCAAAUAGUAUGGACCAAACCGUGCGGAUGUGGGACGUAUAGAAUAUUUGAUUGGAGUUUGCGGCCUGAUUUGCAUUUUAAUAAAUUUGUAUUUGUCGUGCCGAUGCCGAAACUAGAGGAGCAGUAGACUUUGCGUCUUUAUUGUGCCCUUGGGGACGCAGCUGGUCUUCAACUCCUUGCAUUUUUGUCGACAUCAUUCUACACAAAACUGCAGGUUCGGCCCUUUAUUCCCCAUGGCGAGUCCCGGUGUAUCGGCAUUGUCCAGGGCCACACGCACAACUACGAGAAGAAUCUGCUCCGGUGCCGAUGGAGCAAGGAUGGUACCGUUUUCGGCGCGGGGAGUUCGGACCGCAUGGUCUACGUCUGGAGCGCCAACUCGCUGGAAUUGCAGUACCAGCUCCCGGGCCACGAAGGCUCCGUGAACGACAUUGCGUUCCACCCGAAGGAGAGAAUACUGUGCUCCGGAAGCAGCGAUCAAACCAUGUUCAUGGGCGAGUUGGGGCUUUGAGGAUAAGGCGCAGAGAACAGUAGAAAAGUAGAAAUCUUCUCCUCGUCUCACCGUCUCACAACUGGCUGACGUCGUCGACCCUCCAGCACGAUUUCCAUCGCCAAAUCGCGCUUGAUUAAAGAAUCCGCGGUGUGGCCGUGGAAGUUGGCUGUGAUAGUACCUUCGUUGUGACUUUGUAGCUCAACAUGUGAAAACGAAAACGAUGAACAGAAAACACGCGUAUUGUUGGUAUUUUGUCGAGGAUAUCACGUCGGAAGACAACUUCGCGCCGUCCUCGCCUUGUAGUAUUGUUGGGAGUGAUGUUGAGUAUUCCCUCUGCUUUAUCCGCGAUGGUUCCACUGCUGGUAGUCCCUCUUUCUUGUUCGAUAUGACACCGAGAAGGCUCGAAGUACAUCGGGCGCGACCCCGUCAGGAAGUUCAUCACUUCUGCGAUCCAUACACUAAGAUGCUCCUGCUGAAAGUGACACAGCUUGUUUUGAGGAUCC